GCCGUUAGGCCACUUCGUCCAAAGGUUUUCCAGCACGGUGAGGACGUGGAGGCUGCGUCUGUGACAUCAGGAAACGUGUAUAGUAGGGGACGUGUUUGUAGAUGAGCUCUUUGCUGCAAUCAGAGCUGGUACUGUGAUUGUCCCCAGAAGGAUCACCACACUGCUUAUAGAAAUGCCUAGUCCAAGAACCGCAAGAGCAGCCAACACCAGCAGCUCUACUUCUAACGAAAGAUUCGAGUUCAUGUCUCUCAUGACUAACAGGACGGCUACUUCAGACUCGCCUACAGGUAGACCUCGAAUUUCAGACAGUCCUGUUCACCGGAAAGACUCCGGUUCAACUCAGCAACAGCAGCUUCCAGAGGAGGAUUGCAUGAAAUUAAACCCAUCUUUUCUUGGGAUUGCACUAAGGUCCUUGCUGGCAGUUGACCUCUGGUUGUCUAAGAAAAUGGGUGUAUGUGCCAGGGAUGGAUCGUCAUGGGGUAGUGCACGUCCUUUGAUGAAGCUAGUGGAGAUUACUGGUCAUGGAAUACCCUGGAUUUGUGGCACAAUCUACUGCCUGUACAAAAGUGAUAGUUCAGCUGGCAGAGAAGUGAUAUUUAACCUGCUUUUUGCGCUACUGCUGGAUAUCAUUCUUGUAGGAGUUGUGAAAGGAAUAGUAAGGCGUCGGCGACCAACACAAAAUCGCAUGGACAUGUUUGCCACCUUCUCUGUAGACAAGUAUUCCUUUCCUUCGGGCCAUGCUACAAGAGCAGCAAUGGUGUCUCGCUUUAUGCUUAAUCACUUGGUACUGGCUGUUCCUGUGAGGAUCCUUGUAAUGCUGUGGGCCAUUGUGGUUAGUUUGUCUAGAGUCAUGCUGGGUAGACACAAUGUGACCGAUGUGUUAUUUGGCUUUUUCAUGGGGUACAUGCAGUAUAGCUUAGUUGAGUACCUCUGGCUGUCGCCAAACACUUUACCUGUGCUAUUCAAGAUUUAAAAUUGGUGGCAGUUUUCAGUAGUAAUCUACUAAAAGCCUGGUUCUCAUUCCAGUGGAUACGAAUAAGUUGCCCACCACAUCUUGAAGUUUUUUGCCUUCUAGUUAUGAGGCGUCAGAUGCAAGCAUCACUUCGGCUACAAGAAAAAGAUGCCAACAAAUGUAAGAAUGGAUUUAUAGACUGUACUGUGUGUAAGGACCAUUGCACUCUGAAUUCAGCAUUAUGCACUGUUGAUCUUCAAGCCAUGGACAUCACAUUUUUGCAGAUAACAUUAAGUGGUGAAAAGGGAAAUGCUGAUUUUCACAUUUAUUCCUCUGUAUUUUGGGGAAGAUUAUUUUGUAUUCUGUAUAAUGACCAUGUUUUAUUUUGGUUUUGUCGUGUAUAUUUUGAAAUUGAUCUUUUAGAUAUGAGUCUUGAUUGAUAUAUUGGUCCCUUAUCAUGCUGUUUAAUUAUCCAGGAAGGCCAAGGAAAAAAUAAUUUUGUGUAUAG